CAACCGGCCCUCCUGUCAGGUCCCCUUCCUCUGCUGUUCGACUGUGCCUGUUGCUUAUCCACUUAGAUAUACACCGGAAGCGUCUGGAAUCUGGAUGUUGACUGGGGCAUUCUUUCUCUUGUUUCUCUUGCUGCCUGGCGUCUAGCUGUGCUCGAGUACCUCCAAGAAUAGCUCUUGUCGAAUAAAUAAUACCACUUUUUUCUAUUUUUGCCCCUUACCUCAGCUCUUUCUUUCCUUUUUCCUUUUUUCUUUUCGUCGCAGCAGCUUUCUUCUUUUCAUAGCUUUCCCCCCUCCCUCGUCAUUGCUGCACUGGCCGCUCCCAACCACCGCCCAAAAAUGCACGUCAACAGGAAAUUUGAUCGUUUCAAACAAUGGGCUGGCGAGAGAAUGGGCGGAGAAGUCAAGACCAAUGUCUCUGAUGACUUCAAGGCCCGAGAGACGGAGAUGACGACUAGGCAUGAAGGCUUGGAUCGCGUUCACAAGUCUGCAACAGCCUAUAUUAAAUCCAUUUCCAAGAAGAGCGAGGGGGAGGAUAAGGAGAGGAUUUUACCCGUUGGCCAUUUGGGUGGUAGCCUGAUCAGCUAUGGAGAGGGUUUCGAUGGGAAUUCUAAAUACGGGCAAUGCUUGAUAAUGUUUGGACGAGCGGAGGAGCGUCUGGCCCGUAUUCAGGAGAGUUACGCCGCGCAGGCAUCCGCGACCUGGCUCGAAUCGCAGGAGAGAAACUUGACCCAGUUGAAGGAAUACCAGUCGGCUCGGAAGAAACUUGAUACUCGACGUUUAGCUUACGAUACCUCCCUUUCCAAGGUCCAGAAGGCAAAAAAAGAGGACUACCGUAUUGAGGAGGAAUUACGGGUACAAAGAGUCAAGUAUGAAGAGUCGAGCGAUGAUGUUUACCGACGGAUGGAAGAUAUAAAGGAGUCGGACGAGGAGGCUGUGGUGGAUCUGGCAUCGUUCCUCGAUGCACAGCUGGCUUACUAUGAUAAAUGUCGAGAGGUGCUUCUACAGCUCAAAAGCGAUUGGCCUGUGGCUUCGCCGUCCAGAACCCAGACACCAAGCGGCCGUCGCACUGGACGUCCGCGCGCUAACACAGCUCACUCCUUCUACGAGCGCUAUGAACCUUUGCACGAAGAACCACUCGCAAGAGAGUCGCGGUCAACUGCCCGCUCGUCACCCUUAGUAGAAUUGCCCGUGCGAGAGGGCUUCCAGGCCGGGCUUAGCUCCCAACGGCCCAUUCUUAACCGGACAUCGACCUUCGAGGGACCUAUGCAAUUGCGACAGGAGCAAUCGCAGUCCCCCAGCCUCCAGCGGUUACCUCGGGCAGGUAGCGUGAGCUAUGGACCUCGUCCAAGCGUCUCCCGGUCCGGCUCCUAUGCAGAUGUCUCCGAUGAGGGUGAUCCGUUCAAUAGCUCAACCACAGAUCUCCCAUACAGAGGGAGCGUGAGCUCACAGGCCACGUCGCAUAGUCCAGUGUCACCGUCCUCCAGUACGACAAAUUUAAACAGUACAGUAGCGAGCAAGAAGGCCCCUCCCCCGCCUCCGCCCUUGCGCGCGAAGAAACCUCCACCGCCGCCACCUCCCAUGAAGAGAUUUUCCAACAGUACCAGUAAUGUGUAGGGGACUGCUAUGUACAGAAUGGCAGCUGUCUUGUGUAUGAAUUAUUACAUUCUGGAUUGGCCUACUGUUUCCUGGAUAUUGUCAUGUUCUCAUUGCCUUUCUCUGCCAGCUUUGUAUAGAUUUGUAUUUGCAUAGUAUAUGCUGAGGUACGUGAGUAGAACCAAGCAGGUUCAAGCAGUUUUCGGGAUUGAAGACUCUCUUUAUAGUUAUACACCUUUAACAGUUUGCUCAUCGGCUAGAGGUAACAUCACCCCACGAUGCCUUGCAAAUAUCCACGAAGUAGUUCUUGUUGUUACUCCACAGCCCGGAGCCGGCUAGCGGGAAGAUAUUACGCACAUCUCAGAUGUAAGUGGAGAGAUUGAACAAGGACUGUUGUUUCAUCUGCUCUGGAUGGUCAAGACGCGGCACAGCAGUGCUGAGCUCAGCCCAGGUAGUUAACGUAUUUCCCAGUCGAGCGGGCCACCUCCUGCUAAUUCCUGCCCGCGGGCUAAAUACUAGAGCCUCUACCAGCCAAACAAUUGCAUUUUUAUACAAAAACUAAUUGCUAAGGGGAUUGGGACAUCUAACUCUAGUAUGUCCCCGAAUAUGACAAUUAAAACACUGUGGUGGAGCUUGUACGCAUGGUCCAACUGCAGAAAGUGCUGGAUCUCUAGGAAGCAUAUCUUGACCUUCAACAACCUCAUUCUCAUGCUGAAAUCGCUCUAAACCCUCCUGAAUCGCUGAGCCCUCUGGAAUAGCUAGCUGCCUAGUAGAGCACUUUUGCUUUUGACCUUUCCAUUCAUUAGUAGCGCGAAAUUUGCGUAUUUCUUCACGUGCAAGAACAAGCUCAUUAAGUGUCAAUUCAUGACCUUUAAUAAUCUUGUCUAAUCACAAUUCUAGCAAAGGUAAAGGGUUAUGAGCACAUUCCCUAAGCAGUUUCUUUGCAGCUGAUGCCUGCUUCUCC